AUGGCUGUGCAAAAAUCUACCCUAAUACUACUUGUGGUCUUCACUAUCGCCGCUUCGGGUCCCACUGCCAACCCAGGGCUGCCGCACAUCGAGGACUGUUUCUCUUCCAACAUGGAGACAUUAACGUGUCGCUGGAGCAGUGGGAACCUGCACAACCUGUCUGAAGCAGGGGCCCUGAGGCUCUACUACCUCAACAAGCCCGUGGUAGUAGACUGGCUGGAGUGCCCCGAGUACAGCUCCAAGCGGCCUGGCGAGUGCUUCUUCAGUAAACAGCACACCACGAUCUGGAACAGCUAUACAGUCCAGCUGCGCUCCAGAGACCAGCGCGUGUACGACGAGAGUGUGUUCACUGUGUUUGAGAGAGUGCGCCCAGACCCCCCGUUCAACCUGAGCUGGCUGCUUCUGAACAGCAGUGUGACGGACCAGUUCUUUGACUGCCUGGUGAGCUGGAGCCCCCCGGAGUCUGCAGACGUGCGCUCUGGAUGGAUGAGGCUUCAGUAUGAGCUCCAGUACCGUGAGGCCAGCUCCAGUGUGUGGAAGCCUAGUGGCCUUCUGGACGCAACCCACAGCUCUGUGUUCGGCCUCCACAUGGACGUCCAGUAUGAGCUCCGAAUCCGCUGCAGAAUGUUUGGAAACACAGAGUUUGGGGACUUCAGUGACUCUCUCUACAUCUACAACCCCUCAAAAGGGUUUAGGUUUUCAGCAGCUGCUCUACUGGUGUUUGGAGCCCUGUGCCUGGUGGCCAUUCUCAUUCUCAUCAUGAUUUCUAAGCAGGAAAAGUUGAUGGUCUUGCUGUUGCCUCCCAUUCCAGGCCCCAAGAUUCGAGGGAUCGACCCAGAGCUGCUCAAGAAUGGGAAGCUGCGCGACCUGUCCUCCAUCCUGGGUACCGGCUCUGGGGUGACUUCCCAGCUCUAUGGUGCAGACCCCUGGGUGGAGUUCAUUGAGCCGGACCUGGAGACUGCAGACCACCUGACCCGCUGCCUGCUGCCAGGUUCACCGCGCCUUCAAAACAACCUCCACCUUGCGGGUACAGCCCGGCACCUCUCCACUCCCGCCCCCCACCCCCCCCCACACACCCCCACGGCCCUGCCACCCAUCUCUCCGAUCGGGCCACAUCCCACCCCACCCACGUCCUUCGGGGCCGAGCACCCCCCAGCCACCCUCCCCAGCUCCCUCCCCCCCCCCGGGGGCGAACCCCUCUCCCCGACUCCCCCCACCACCGUCGUUCCCCCAACCCGCACUCUCCACCCCGACGGCACCCAGGCACCCACCACGCCCCUCAAACGCUCGCGCAAACUAAACGGCAGCCUAGCCACGUCCCCUCAAUCAAGCCACUACCCCGAACCCAACAUAGACACGCGGCCGCACUCCGCCGGCCACUUCCCCUGCACUCACGCCCUACCUUCCACCUCACGCACCCACCGCCGUCCCACUCAGUCUCCCAACUAUCCGCCGCUCCUCUCUGAAAAUCCGACCCCCAACAAUCGGCCUCUCGCGACCUUCCACCUCAAUCUGACCGAGAGCAUAACUCCGCCGACCUCUUCCCCCCUCCCACUCAUAUCGUUCCACCCGCCCAAUCAAUCCGGCCCAACCCACCCCCGAUCCAGCCAACCCCCCGACCCCUCCAAGCCACCCCUCCACCCCGCCACCAACGCACGAGACCCACCCCGCCCCCCCCCUCAUGGCCACUCCCCCCCAGACCCCACCCCAGCCCUCUCCAUCCCAACCCCAACCCCCCCGGACCCCCCCCCCCUCCCACAUUCUCACCCAUGGCAGAAGACGCACUCCUCUCAUCGCUACCCUCCCGACCCCCCGAAUCCCCCCCGCCCAACCCCGACCCCCCCGGCCAGUCGAAUUCUCUUCCUCACACCAUUCUCCGUCUCCGGGCGGCCAACGAGCCACCAGUCACACCUACCCCCACCACUUCUGCAUCAUCUCACCCCCACCCGCCCCCACCCUGCUCAUAACGCCCUCCCCCAGCCCCCCUCCAACCGCCCCCGCCCACCUUCCCCGGCCAGUCGCACCCUCGCUCCGCUCCGUCGCCUCCCACAGCCGCCCCGCACCCCAUAUACACCCUCGAACUACAGCGGGACUCCACACGCCCCAAGCAGCUCCCCGACACGACCCAACCCGACCCCAGGAGCCUCACACACCUCGCUCGACACAUCACCGCCCGCACCCCCUGACUCCCCGCCUCAACCACCCCCAACCCGCCGGCCCCCCCCCACCCGCAAACACUCCCACGGCCUCACACCACACGCCCCGUCUCCACGCACCCCCGCCUCACCUUCCCCUCCCACCUGCCGCAUAUCCCCACGCCCCCGACCGCCAACCCAGGCCACCCCGGCGGCCCCCCGCCCAUCCAACAGGAUCAACGACACUUCCCCGGGCCCCGCACCCCAUGUCAGCCCACAACCACCCUACCGGACCCCACGACCCACUCGCGCCCUCCCGACAGCCUCCCCAACCUCUCCAUCCACACCCCAACUUUCACGCUCCCGAAACCCCACCACCACCAAUCCCCCGACCCCCCCCACGCUCCCCGUCCCCCCACCCACCACCCCCACCCACCCUCUUCUCCAGCCCCACCCCCCCCCACCCCCCCGCGCAUCUCCCCUUCUCCCCUCCCCCCCCCCCCCCACCACCCCCCACGCAAGACCCCGCACGGCAUCCCCUAGGCUCCCCGCCACUCGCCCGCCCCGCUCCCCCACCACGGCACAGCCCCCCCGGCCACUCCGACCCGCACACCCACCCCCUCCCCCGCCCCCCCCCCGGGCACACGGAAACCUCUACACACCCCAAACACUUCCACCCCGACACAGGCUCCCCCGCCCCAACACGUCACCCCCUCCGGCCCCCCAUCGCGCCCCACCAUCCCUAUACCGGCCACCGCCAUCUCCCCCACACCCCCUCCCCCACCCGCCCCCCCCCACGCCGUACCCCACAACAUCUUAG